AUGAAUUUUAUGAAAGUGCAAGAAAAUAGUACUGUUCCUGAUACUCAAGAUCGCAUGUGCGAUUUCUGCGGAGAAACCAAGGCCCUUUUGUACUGCGGAGCCGAUUCUGCUAAGCUCUGUUUGGGUUGCGACAGGGAAGUACACUUGACGAACCAGUUGUUCAAGAAACACACACGUAGUCUCCUUUGCGACAAAUGCGAUUCUUCGCCUGCUUCUAUUUAUUGUUGUACUGAAUCCUUAGUGCUUUGCCAGAACUGUGAUUGGGAGAAGCAUGAUAAUUUUAGGUUAACCCAUGAUCGUCGCCCAAUUGAGGGGUUUAAUGGGUGCCCAUCAGUGAGUGAGUUGAUGAGCAUAUUAGGAUUUGAAGAUUUGGGGAAGAAAAAAUUGUUGGGUGAUGGGGAUAUUGAAGGUGGGGAUGAAGGGCUAUUUUCGGAUUUCUUGAUUUGGGAGACUCCGUCUAUUGUGAGUCUUGAUGAUUUGAUUGUUUCGAGUGAUAAUUGUGUUGAUGCUGGGCAUAGUUUUCAGGCUGUGGGUGUUCCUCCUUUACCUAAGAAUCGAAAUGCUGUGUGUGGAAGGCACAAACAGGAAAUCCUUUUCCAACUUCGUGAAAUGGCAAAAAAAGGACCAAACUUUGAUAAUUUCACGGAAGACUUCAAACCCCAUUUUGGACUUGAACCACAAGUGCCUGGUGGAAACUUCCAGUUAAAGGAUAGCAGUCCCGACCUUGAACGCUAUGUGGAGCCAGCAUUAGGUCCUUUUCACGAGGGAAAUGCGUUUCCGUUGUGUGGCGAUAGUGGUAGGGUUGCAGAUCAAGACUUCUCUUCUACCUUAUUAGGUAGCUACAUUGACACAAACCAUUUAGCACCUGAUAAAGAUUCAGAUGUUGGUGACAGUCCUUUUCAAGCAAAUGGAGGCCAAGAAGGUCAAUCACGCGUUCCCAUUAAUUCUAAACCCUUUGAAGCAAUUCCCAAAGUGGCAGCACGGGAACUAAACAGCCAGGAACGAGACUUUGCUAUCUCACGGUACAAAGAAAAAAAGAAAACUAGGAGGUUUGAUAAGCACAUCAGAUCGUGUGGAUCUCCUGUGGAUAUUGUAACUAGCAAGAAGCACGAGCAAAAGGAAGAUGAGCGAUCCAUGCAUGGACAAGAUGAUAGAAGCUUCGCUCUGACUACAAUAUUUCUUGAAAAUGUGGCAUACUUUGUUCCAUUGCACGUGCGAGUUCCCGUUAAGGGCUAUGACUCCGACGACCUCCAUCGCUCUGUUGGCGGAGAAGAGCAGCGCCACCAUGUUUAG